AACACCAGAAUCACAAGACAAAUCAACGCACCAUCAUGAAUACGUCACAUACCAGUCGACACGAUCAAUACGAGGCCGAAAUUUACGGACAUACGAAAGCGUACCGGUACCCACGUCACUAUCUACUUCGCCCGCUCGCUGGCGUCGUAUGCAUCCAUGGGACAAAUCUCGCAGCGAUAUACUUCCGAGCCAUGGAAGCUCGCAUCGCCAGCGAAUAGACUUCACAGAACCGCGUGAGUGUGGCGCUAUGCACCCCAGCCCGGGGGCGACAACUCCUUUGUUUGUUUUGCACGCCGCAUACGACUCAUGUAGCUUGGAACCAUGGGUCCGCUACUCUAUGCGUUCUAUGUUCAAGGAACGGUGUAUCUUGUCUACGGGGAUCAACGUCAUUCUGAAUUUCGGCAUGCUUUGGAUGGGUUUCUGGGCUAUGAUUGAUACUAUGUAUAUACAUGAUGGUGUUCAUCGGGGAGAGUGCUUUGAAGUGUGUUUUCGGCUAGGUGGCUUGUACGUAGUUGUACAAAGACAAGUAAGUGACUUGGAGCCUCCAUGCUAUUGCACGACAAGACAUCGAGCAGGCUUUAAGCAGUCUCCUUUGAAAGAAGAUCUCAAUUCAUGAUGACAGUGGGCGUCAAGGGUCAUUCCAUACAGUCGAUCAACACAGGAAAAAAACGCUUCAGGACCUGAGAGAAAUCAUCAGCUU